AUAUUUUGUAAGAAAAAUAUUCUGAUUAGCUUCAAUUUGCAAUGACGGAAAUCUUUUCAUGUAAAGAUAAGAACGUAUUGUUGAUUCAAAAAGGACCCAAUGCGCAUGCGCAGUGAAGACAACAACAGCCCACUACAGCAAAACAAUGGCGACUGCCGUGGAGAAUAUCGUUAAAGUACUUGGAGAACAGUACUACAAAGAUGCUUUGGAGCAGUGUCAUAGUUAUAACGCCCGUCUGUGUGCCGAGAGGAGCAUCCUCAUGCCCUUCCUGGACUCCCAAACUGGAGUCGCUCAAAGCAACUGCUACAUUUGGAUGGAGAAGAGACACAGGAGCGCAGGUACAGCACCAGGACAGCUGUACACAUAUCCCGCCCGGCGCUGGAGGAAGAAAAGAAGAGCUCACCCACCAGAAGACCCUGCUCUAGUUUUUCCUCCACUCAAAUCUGCUGAGCUGGAGCUGGGCCUGAAAAAAGAUGUGUUGGGCCCGUUGGAUGGGAGCAGCCUGGAGGCCUUGCUGAAAGGAGAGCCGCUGGAUAAAAGAGUGCCCACAGAGCUCAGACCACCUGAGGAAGAAACCAGUCUGUCUGAGAUCACUGGAACCAGCACGGCCAGCAGCCACAGUGGCUCCACACGCAUCAGGAAGAGGAUCCUUGAGCCCGAAGAAUACUUGGAUGACCUGGACGAUGAAGAUUUUGAGGAGGAAACUCCUAAAAGACGAGGAAAAGGGAAGUCUAAGGGUCGAGGAGUUGGGAAUGGAAAAAAGAAAAUGGAAGCUGCUGCAGCUGCCCAGGAAGAACGAGACAAACCGUAUGCUUGUGACAUCUGUGGGAAACGCUAUAAGAACAGACCAGGCUUGAGUUACCACUACACUCACUCUCACCUGGCUGAUGAGGAGGGAGAAGACAAAGAAGAACCUGAGAUUCACACCCCUGCACCACCAGAGGAACCCAAGACCCCUAAAAAAGGACCAAAUGGCCUGGCAUUACCCAAUGACUAUUGCGACUUCUGCCUUGGUGACUCCAACAUGAACCAGAAAACGGGCCAGUCUGAAGAGCUGGUGUCCUGCUCUGACUGUGGACGUUCAGGACAUCCUUCGUGCCUGCAGUUCACUGCUGUGAUGAUGGCAGCUGUAAAGACUUACCGCUGGCAGUGCAUUGAGUGCAAGUGCUGCAAUGUUUGUGGCACAUCUGAGAAUGACGUGAGUCUCCGCACAUUAUCACUCAAACAAACCCCUUAUACAGAAAACCAUCUGUUAAUGUGUUUAAAUCCUCUUUCCCAGGACCAGCUUUUGUUCUGUGAUGACUGUGACAGAGGAUACCACAUGUACUGCCUCAGCCCUCCCAUGUCAGACCCUCCAGAAGGAAGCUGGAGUUGUCACCUGUGUCUGGCUCUUCUGAAGGACAAGGCCUCCAUUUAUCAGAGCCAGAGCACCGCAAUGGAGUGACGGAGGAACCGCGACAACAGUCUACCUUUGAAGUACACGCAGAAACACACUUAAACUGUUGUGAAACUUUCCAGAGUGAUGGAGAGGCUGGAAGAGAAAUCAUUGCCCCUAACAUAGCCAUUGUUUUUGGUUUUUAUUUUGCUAUGACUGUUACUCACAUCAUGAGCAGUGUUUGAAAUGACUGAGGGCGCAUUUGAAUAGAUUAUAUACACUUCAUGCAUUAUGUGCAGUUUUUCCACAAUCCUCCAUGUUGGGGCCAAUGGUUGAGAUGAUUAAGCACCUGUUUAUGCAUUGCCAAAUAUUUCUUUUCUUUAUUGCUCAUUCAAGAUACAUUUGUUUACAUAGAGCAAACAUAUGGCUUAAUCCUUUUAAGGAUGUUAUGGAUUUAAAUAUUCAUUUGUAUGAGUAGUGGAUCUCUGUUUAUCUUUGUCGUAUAUAAUUAUUUUCUUGCAAGUUAUUCUUUCAGGAAGUAUUUGUGCCAAGGUCCAGAUUCAAAAACCAGAAGAUGGUGCUGCAUUUUUAAUUUCACUCAUUAAUCCAGUUUAUUCCCACAGAACACUCUCAUAGGGCGGGUUAUCUUUCGUAGAAUUUUGUAUGUGAUAUAACCAAUAUCUAUUAUUGUUGACUAACCACAUUGAAUUAUCGUGAGUACUGUAUCGUUUUGUAUUAGUUCUUUUGGUAUAUCAUGUCAGUUUGUAUUUGGUAUUGAAUGUAAAUGCUGUAUUUUUCUGUCUUUUUUUAUUUACAUUUUUCAUAUCGGCCUUUCCAUAAUAAACAUACAUGUAACAGAGAAAUAAUCAUAA